AAAGCAUUUGAAAACAUUGAUGUUGGGUUCCAGUCCAAUUUCCCGUAUGACUGCUUCGAAGGACGAUUUUCUUGCGGUUCAACUUGAUGAAUGUCGAAUUGAAAUCGUAUCUUUAGAAGAUGACGGAACUAUUAAGAAUGGGACGUUGGAACCAUUUGAUUUUGGUAUUACCAAUAUGUCAUUUUCACCUUUUUAUCAUUCUUUGUUGGCUAUUGCAGGUGAUGAUGGGUCUGUAACUGUUGUCGAUACCAAGUCUACUGAAAGGUUUGUGAAAAUUCAGUUUUCAUCGGCACAUCUUUCGCCAGUAUCAUUGAUUGCGUUUUCUCCUACCAAUUCUUGUCUUCUAUGUUCAGUUGGUUUGGAUAAGCGUCUAUGCUUCUUUGAUAUGGAAAAGAAAAAGAAAAGGAUUCGAAUGUUUUCGUUGAAUGACUUUUGUGAAAGUUUGCAGUUCUUGAAUUCAGGUUCACAUCUGAUUAUUAGCUUUCGACAAGGUCGUUUGAGUCUGUUUGACUUGAGAGGUGGAAUCCAAGAAAGGUCAUCCAUAGCAACUAGCCAAGUCAUUGAAUCGAUUACAAUUUUGGACAAGACAGUGUUUGAAAAGACAACAUUAAGGAAUGAAAGGGAUAAUAAUAGGAUUCUUCCGCCUACUUUAUACAAAUCAGAAGCAGUUGAUGAAGAAAAAGAAAACAUUCACUCUGUUUCUAAUAGAAUGGACAGCAAAAAGCAAGAUUCUUUCCAGUCUUCUCAUACAACGGAAGAAGAUUCAUGUUUGACUGACGAGUUAUUGCUAGACAACUCUCUAUUACGUAAUGGAUCAACACAACUUGUAGUCCCACCAAAAGAAAGCAACUCAUUGGAUUGUUUAAGUAAUCACCUUUCUGAGUCAAUGAUAGUUAUUCGUUCCAAAGACAAUAGCAUGCAAAGACGAGAACACCUCUCUGAGAGGAAACAGUUGCAAGAAGAAGUUGACGGUGACUAUUUGCCGACCAAAGGAGACUCUUCAAGACCAUUUUCUACUUCAUGGGACGAAACUCCUAUUUUAGCUAUAUCUUCUUCGAAACAACAAGUUCAUGUGAAUUCCGAAAAGAAUGGCUCAAUUUUUGAUGAAACAGUCACUCAAAACCCAAAAUCUAUCUCUUCUUAUCCAAAUCCGUUUCAGUGUCUUCUACAAGACUCCGCAUCUCCUUCCUAUGAUUCACGUUCUGAGCAGUUAGAAAAUGAAAACAAGGAUCUGGCUUCUCAUAAUAUCUAUUCAGGCUUGUUACAAUCCAUAGAAGAUAUUCAAUAUGCAAGUAAUAGAGAAAUCAAACAACAUAUACAAAAUCUGCACAUUGAUGUCAUUCGCAAUUUUGAAGAACAACACAGUCGCAUUCAGGAAUUGGAACAAGGAAUGCUAAAAUUGAUGAAACAUAUUCAAUUGCUGGAACAAAAGGCUCAACAAGAUCGAAUUUUAUUUCCUGCAAGUAUUCAUUAUCCACGCUGUCAGCCUAGUGACUGGCAACAGUUGAUUGAGUUUGCAAAAGAAGCUGGUAUAAACUGUAUCGAAACUUACGUUUUUUGGAAUCAACACGAAAAGGAAAAAGGAGUAUACGACUUUUCCGGUCGUUUGGAUCUUUUUGGUUUUAUACGAACCAUUGCCAAAGCAGGACUAUAUGCCUUAUUACGUAUAGGACCUUAUAUAUGUGCAGAGACUCAUUUUGGAGGAUUUCCACACUGGCUGAGAGAUAUCGAUGGAAUAGAGUUUCGUACCCAAAAUGAACCUUUUCAAAGAGAAUCGAGUCGUUGGGUUCGCUUUCUGGUAGAAAAGCUGAAUAGCAAUAAUUGCUUUUAUAGUCAAGGAGGUCCCAUCGUUAUGGUUCAGUUUGAGAAUGAGUACAAGUUGAUUGGACAAAAUUAUGGAGAGGCUGGACUGAAUUAUCUAAAGUGGUGUUCAGAAUUGGCCAAAGAUUUACAGUUACCGGUACCUUUGUUUAUGUGCAAAGGAAGUAUUGAGAAUGUGCUUGAAACUAUCAAUGACUUUUAUGGUCAUCAAGAGAUGGAAAAUCAUCAUCGAGAGUAUCCUAAUCAACCUGCAAUUUGGACAGAAUGUUGGACAGGAUGGUAUGAUGUUUGGGGUAGUGCUCAUCAUAUUCGACCCUGUAAAGAUUUGUUUUAUGCAGUUCUGAGGUUUUUUGCUCAAGGAGGAAAAGGAAUCAAUUAUUAUAUGUUUCAUGGUGGUACAAACUAUGAUCAAUUAGCCAUGUAUCUACAGACGACUAGUUAUGACUAUGAUGCUCCUAUUGAUGAAUACGGAAGAAAAACAAAAAAGUAUUUUGGUCUACAAUACAUUCAUCGGCAACUUGAACAACAUUUUGCUUCAUUAGCAUUAAAGUUAGAAGCACCCAUUGCGCAUUCCUAUGAGGAUAAUUAUGUUUGGAUAUUUAUUUGGGAAGAGCAAGGUUCCAAUUGUAUCUUUUUUUGUAAUGAUCAUCCAACUUCAACCAAACAAGUACAAUGGAAAGAACAAGAAUAUUGUUUAGCACCUUUAUCUGUACAAAUGGUGGUCGAUCAUCAUCGUUUGAUAUUGAAGAGUGAUCAACUAUUUGUAGAUGAGGAACUUAUUCAGAAGGAGUUGAAGCCCAUUUCUGUGACAACUGAAGAAUGGACUUGGCAAUAUUAUAAGGAAAAUAUUCCGACCACUGAUAUAACAAGUUCAGCUUCCCAAUCAUCAUCAAUAUCAUCAUUAUCAUCUAACACUGAAAUAGAAACUCAAGUUCCUGUAGAAAUGUUGCGUUACACAGGAACUGCGACUGAUUACGCUUGGUAUAUUGCUCAUUAUCAAAUCGAUCCUCAAAUAGAAUGGACUAGUGAUGACGCACUAGAAUGGGUUGGAGGACAAGUGGAUUUGGAAGCUGCAGAUUAUGUUCAAGUUUAUGUGAAUGGCGUUUAUAAGACAUCUUCUCCAUUGCCUUUAUUAGAAGAAAGAUUUCCCAAUUCCUGGAAUGAGACAAGUGCUUCUCCUCAUGUAGGGUUUCAUCAACAUAUGGAAUUUACACAUUCACAAGUACUGAAGGAUUCUAUAUUUUGUAUUUCUUUUCUAGUGUCUUCUUUAGGAAUGAUUAAAGGAGACUGGCAACUUGAUCGUGGAUGGAAUAUGAAAGAUGAAAGAAAAGGCAUAUUUGGAAUACCCAAAAUAGCUUGGAAAGUACGUAGAAAGGAUAGUGAUCAUACCAUUCCUUUAAAAGUCCAAAGUACUUUUCGAUUUAUGCCUUUAUGGAUGCAACCACCAUUGGUUGAAAGUCAUUUUCUUCAUCAGAAGACUUGGAAAGAUUGGAAUAUUUCAUUCUUCGAUAGAGAAGAAGAUGGAAUAGGACCUCGUUGGUAUCGAGCUAUCAUUUCAUUAUUAUCUGACAAGGAAUAUGAUGGUGGUUUAUUAUUGGAUUGCAAAGGAUUAUGGAAAGGCCAUAUUUGGUGGAAUAAGCAAGACUUGGACAAAGUCAAUCUAAGGAAACACAACGUUUCUAUUUUAUUCACAAGUCGAUGGUCUAUUCAGUGAAUGAAUUGAUUAUCUUUGAAGAAUGGGGA